UUCACUCGUCUCAUUUCAAUAGCUCACACUGCGAUUGAUUACUUGACACUCUUUCAGCUCUUCACAGCCUCUAGAUUGGAAGAGUCCGGUCAUUGUUUUGCAUAUAUAUCAUAGCGAAAAUGGAGUCGCCACAUAAAGGCUACGGUUCGGGGAUCUCUAGCUCGAAGGAGUCUGAUCUUGUACACCAAGUCCAUCUAGAGGCCGUUCCGCCUUCAGAAGACCCUGGAGUCCGCAAAGGCAUGCAUUUCUGGCUCAUCUUCUUAGGCCUAUGUCUUGCAGGCUUUAUCAGCGCCAUCGACAUCAACAUCAUCUUCACAGCAUUACCAACUAUUUCUGACGAGCUUGGCAGUGCAGGCGACUACACCUGGCUUGGCAACUCCUAUGUUUUGGCCGUGACGUCAAUUCAGCCCCUGUACGGCCAGCUUGCUGACAUCUUCGGGCGACGUUACCCAUUCAUUGCCUCUAUCGUCAUUUUCGCUUUGGGUAGUGGUGUCGCCGGCGGCUCCCGAACUACGGCAAUGUUCAUUGCAGGUCGCAUAGUGCAGGGACUCGGUGGUGGUGGUAUGAUCAUGUUGAUUGACUUGAUUGUCUGUGAUCUGCUGCCCCUUCGGGAUCGCAGCACUUACCUUGGCGUCGUCCUCGGUGCUUGCGCCAUAGGAAGUGUCAUUGGACCAGUGAUAGGGGGCGCUAUUGUCACUCAUUCAACUUGGAGGUGGGCAUUUUGGCUCAAUCUUCCGGUUUGUGGAAUAACCUUGGCUGUUGUGAUCCCCUUCUUCCGUGUUAAGGUAGGGAAGCCCGUCAGCUGGUGGAAUUCAUUAGCUCGUCUUGACUUCGUCGGUAAUUUUCUUUUCAUUGCUUCUAUUACUUCAGUCCUCAUCGGAUUGGUUUCAGGCGGCACGCUGUCCCCCUGGGGUUCCUGGAGAACCAUCCUGCCUCUUGUUCUUGGAUUUCUCGGAUUGGGCACGUUUUUUAUGCAGCAAGCCUACUGUGAUAAGCCCAUCAUGCCAUUGCACCUGUUCACCCACCGCACCUCAGUAACAGUCUAUCUGCAAGAUUUCAUUAUAUCCGUCAACCUUCAAUGGUGCGUCUAUGUGUUGCCGCUCUAUUUUCAAUCGGUACAAGGUACUUCCGCCCUAGACGCCGGCAUUAACAUUCUGCCGAUCAAUGCUUUCAUGAUUCCCACGGGUGCAGUGGCUGGAGCUCUCUUGACACGAUUUGGUCAUUAUAAGCCACUUCACUGGGCAGGCUUCAUUGUCUUGUCGGUCUCCUUUGCCCUUCUCUCCACACUUUCCGAAUCCACGACCACAGUUACAUGGGCAUGGUUUGAGAUCCUCGCUGGCAUUGGCAUUGGCCUUCCGCUCACGACACAAUUGCCAGCUAUACAGGCGGUUCUCCCUGAAUCGGACGCCGCUGUGUCUACCAGUACAUACUCAUUUAUCAGAUCCUUCGGUUUUGUGUGGGGGGCCACUAUUCCAGCAGUUGUGUUCAACAGCCGUGUUGAUACCAGUCUAGGCAUGGUCGAUGAUUUGACUGUCAGAAAUGCUCUCGCUCAUGGAGGAGCAUAUGAGUUUGCCGUCAAAGUUAGGGAUCUCACCGGACAGACUUUGCAACAAACGCUUCACGUGUAUACAAGCUCUUUACGUAUUGUUUGGUUUGUUGGCUUUGCAAUUUCAAUUGCCGGGUUUCUCCUUGUUUUUGGCGAGCAGCAUGUAGAUCUACGUGCUACGUUGGACACAGAAUACGGAUUAGACUCUGAUGACAAUCAGCGUACCUGAGGGUGAGCCAGUAUAAAUGCUGUUGGUCAAUGCGCCCCGUAUUACAAGGCGCGCUGUACAGUGCGGUUACUCUCUGUAUAUCUGACAACUAAUAUUAAAUUGUAUUUUAUCAGACGUAGGUAAAAUUAAGGAGCAGGUAAACUCAAGCUCGAAAAUUAUAUAUAUAUAUAUUUCUGCAAAGGGAUGUUGCGUUAUGCUUAGGUGC